AUGGAUAUUGAUUCAUAUAAAAAUGAAACUAAAAUAAAAAAAUGGAACUUGAUAAAAGUAAGACCUCCUGCUAAUUAAAUGAAUGGUACAUAUCUAUAAAUCAUAUUUUAGACAGAUAAAUUGUAUCUAAUAUUCCAGAUAUGGCUGUACCAGACAAUAAAAUAACAACCUCAAAAUAUCCAUCUAUUAUUACAUUUAUUCCUUUAAAUUUGAUAUAGUAGUUCUCAAAGUUAGUGAAUUUUUACUUUUUAUUCAUUGUUAUCAUGCAAAUGAUUCCAUUAAUUAGUAUAACAAAUGGUUAACCUGUGAUUAUGGGACCAUUAUCAAUAUUUAUUUUCAUAUCUAUGAUAAAAGAUUUUGUUGAAGAUAACUAGAAGCAUAAAUCAGACAAUGAUGAAAAUAAUCGUAAAACUUAUUUAAUUCGGGCAAAUGAAGCUCCAAAAGAAGUGAUAUGGAGUGAGUUAAGGAUUGGAGAUUUAAUUAAAGUUUAGAAGGAUGAACAAAUACCUGCUGAUAUCUUACUUAUGCAAACAUCAGAUAAAAAAGGGAAUGCCUUUAUUGAUACAAAAAAUUUAGAUGGAGAUUCCAAUUUAAAAUUAAAAAAUAUUCCUAAAAAUCUAUAAUAUUUUUAAGAAUAAAGUUAAAAUGCUCUAUCAGAAUUAAGAAUGACAAUUAAAUAUGAAAGGCCAAAUCCAUAUUUAUAUCAAUUUACAGGAUCUGCUGAAAUUAAUAAUUAACAAGUUUCUUUGAGUUAGAAGAAUUUCUUAUUAAGAGGUAGUGUUUUAAGAGAUGUGGAUUUUAUUUAUGGAAUUGUUUGUUAUAAUGGACAUGACUCAAAAAUUAUGCUUAAUUAUGUUAAGAUAUAACCUAAGAGUAGUCAUUUAGAAAGAACAAUGAAUUAGUAUGUUAUUGCAAUAUUUCUAUUUUAAGUAAAUAUUCUGUAUGAUUAAUUUUUAGAUUACCAUAUGUGGGUUAGGAGGAUAUUUAAAUUCUUAUUGGUAACAGAUACAUAAUUCUUAAUUGUCAUAUUUAGAUAUCUUAAAUACAGAUCUUGAGUAUAAUUUUAUUAAAAAUCUAUUUGUAAGUACUAAAAAUUAAUUUAGAUAAAAUGGGGUAAUUGGAUUCUCAUUUUGGCCAAUUUUGUUCCAAUCUCUUUAAUUGUUUCUUUAGAAAUAGUUUAAUAUUUCUAAGGAAUCUUGAUAACUAUGGAUUAAGGAACAUAUUCAGCUGAAAAUGAUAUUAGAAGUGUAGUCCAAUCUUCUAAUUUGAUUGAGUAACUUGGUUAAGUAGAUUAUAUUUUUUCUGAUAAAACAGGAACGUUGACUAAGAAUCAAAUGGAUUUCAAAUGUCUUUCAGUUAAUGAAAAAUCAUAUGGAAAGGAAGUAACAUUAACAACUGAAGAAGUGUCAAAAUUAGCUUAAGUUUCAAAUGUAGACUUUAGAGAUAAAGCAUUCUUUGAUGAUUUAAAUUAAAAUCCAGGAAUGGGACCAUUACAUGAAUUUUUACUUUGCUUAUCAUUAUGUCAUACAGCUACUACUGAAAAAAAAAAUGGGUAACUUUUUUAUCAAACAUCAUCCUCUGAUGAAUUAGCCUUAAUAAAUUUUGCAAGAUAUUGUGAUUAUACUUUUGAGAGGUCAGAAUCAUCCAAAAGUAUAGUAGUCAAUAUAAGAGGUGACAUAAAGAAUUAUUAAUUGUUACAUGUAUUUGAAUUCAAUAGUAUCAGAAAACGAGUGUCUGUAAUUGUUUAAGAUGAAUCUAAUUAAAUUAUAUUAUACACUAAAGGAGCUGAUUCAAUUAUUGGAAAUUUAAUGAAACCAAAUGCUCCUUAAUUACAAGAAAAGACCUGGAAUGAUCUAUAAGAGUUUGCAUCAAUUGGCUUAAGAACACUUUUAUUAACCAAGAGAAUAUUACCUUUAGAAAUUUAUAAAGAAUGGGAAAUAAGUUAUCUAUAAGCAUGUGCUGCUGUAGAAAAUAGAGAUAAUUUAAUAAUGGACUCCUAAGCAAAAAUUGAAUAAGAACUAGAACUUAUUGGUGGAACAGCUGUUGGAGAUUAAUUAUAAGAAGAUGUAGGGCAAACUAUUCAAUAUUUAAAAGAUGCUGGCAUAAAAGUAUGGGUAAUGACUGGAGAUAAAAUGGAAACUGCUAUCAAUUUUGGUUAUUCUUGUUAAUUAUUAAAUAAUUCUUUAUAAUAAUUUAUAGUUGAUGGAUCUAAUGAAGAAAUUAUAAGCAAUUAAUUAGAUAAAGCUAUUUAGUAAAGUCAAAAUAAUAAUAAAAACGCCUUAGUGAUUUCUGGCAAUUCUUUAAGUAUUGCUCUAAAACCAGAAAUUUCAUCAAAAUUAAUGUAAAUUGCUGAAAGAUGUGAGGCUAUAUUGGCUUGUCGAGUUACACCAAAAUAAAAAUAAGAUAUUGUUUUGUUAGUCAGAAAAAUUAAACCAAAUAUUACUACUCUAGCUAUUGGAGAUGGUGCUAAUGAUGUUAAUAUGAUUACAGCUGCUCAUAUUGGAAUUGGAAUCAAAGGAAUUGAAGGUUAACAAGCAGCAAGAGCUUCUGAUUAUAGUAUUGGUGAAUUCAGAAUACUAAAAAGAUUAAUACUUUAUCAUGGAAGAGAAAGUUAUAGAAAAAACUCAAAUCUUAUAUAUUACAAUUUUUAUAAAAAUAUCCUUUUAGUCCUACCUUAAUAUUGUUGGGCUUUAAACAAUGGAUUUUCUGCUGUUAUGUUUUAUGAUUAAUUACUCUAUCAAAGUUACAAUUUGAUUUUUACUAGUCUACCUAUUAUAUUUUAUGGUAUUUUCGAUGAAGAAUUCUCUGGUGAUAUACUCACUUCAAGUAAACAUAAUUCUCUAUUUUAGAUCCCAGUUUUUAUAAAAUUGGAAUUAAACAUAAACUAUUCAAUACUAAAAUAUUUUUGUAUUGGGUCUUAAAUGGUAUUAUUUAGGCUGCCUUUUUGUCAUACAUAACAUUUCAGACUUAUGAAAACUCCUCUAUUUAUAAUGGGAUGAUGCCUGGAUUAUGGACUACAGGUGCCAUAGUAUUAUGGUAUUCCGUUUUCAAUAGCAAUAUCAAAGUAAUUAAUUCCAUAAACUAAAUUAGAUUAUCUUAAUUAGUAACACUUAUUCGAUUGGAGUUAUUAUGGGACUUUUCGCAUCGGUUUUAAUAUACAUACUUUUAUUUAUUUUUGUUUCAGAGAAAAUGACAAAUUCUGAUAUGUUUAAUAGCUAUAGUGUUAGUUUUUCUAAUCUGAGAUUUUACUUGACUUCAUUGUUAGUAAUUGGAGCUACAUCAAUUCUUGAUUUUUCUUUAAUUAAAUUAGUUUAGUGGUCUAAGUAUGCUCGUGUAGAAAUUUAACAUGAUAAAGUUUAUAUGCCGAUUAAAAAAUAGCACAUAGAAUUACAAGAUGAGCUUUAAUUGAAUUAGCCUUUCCCUAAUACACAAUUUUAAAUGAAUAACUAAUCAGUUCCCUAAGUCCCAAUUAAAAAAGGUUAGAUCAAUCUUGCUUUAUCUUCAGAAGAUAAUUGA